AUGUCCUACGCCUUCGACGAGCCAUUGGCAUAUUCACCCUGGAAUGAGAGCAAUAAUGAGGAGCGUGAGUCGCCUACUCCCGCCAAGCCACUUUCUGGACCUGGGACAUCGAGGCAGACCAGGAGGUUACAAUUGAGAAAUGCUGGGUUCAGAGGUUCUGCUGUGCCGACCAGGAAGGUGACGCCCAAGUCUGUCUCGUCUAGCAGUAUGGCUUGGUCGGCAGCUAGUGGGAUCGUCAGUGGGAGUGAUGCGGAGAAUGUCUCGCCGAUGGGAGUAAAGACCGCAUCAAUGAGGGUGGACAAGAGAAGAUCGAGUGGUGUGCUGCAGGAGAUUGACUCGGGCUCCAACACACUCACACGACCCAAGUCGGCACGCCCUCGCGUCACUUCUCGGAACCUGUUUGCUCCAUCCACUUCCGACAAGCGUGAUCUUCCUGCAUACCAAGACGAUCCCAUGUCACCACCACCUCAACCAAAGAGCACGAUCCGUGCAAAGUCCAUGCGAGCCCGAGCCAAGAUGAAUAAGACGAGGAGAUCUGUCAGCGGAGAGGCGAGGAUGUACAUUGAUCACCUGGAAAGUGAGCUCGCGCAGACACAGGAGCAGCUACGGGUGGUGAACUCGCCUACGGUGACGAGACAGCAGUCUUCCAAAAUGCGGACAUUGAACGCAGAAACGAGACAUUUACAAAAAGAAUUGGCAGAGUGGGAAGCGCGAUACGACCAGCGAGUACAGGAGAUCGUGGACGAGCACACGGAGAUAGAAACUGGCUUACGCAAGCAAGUCCGCAAAUUAGAGCAGGACGCAGAAGAAUCACGAUACAGACUACAGGAACUCGAAAUCGAACUCGACGCCGUCAGAAUCGCAGCCGUGACGGCAGAAGCAGCCAACGUGAACCUAGAAAGAAGACUAGAGAUCAUGUCCGAGAUCCUCGCCACCUCACCCACGAAAAUCGAACUCCACUCCAUCACACCCGGCAUGCACAAAAAGCACCACCACCAACGACCAAAAAGCAUGCUCCCGCGCUUCCCGACCGCCAGCUCCCUCCACAUGUCCCCCGAAAGACCACCGCGGACUCAACCCCCUUCGCCGCUUAUGCACUUCACCGAAGCACCCACCACCUUCUUCCCCGAACCCUUCGAACCCACCCUUUCCAGCGAAUCAGAUAUCCCCUCGGACGCCGAAUCCAUCUUCUCCGAACCCCCCACCUCAAUCAACGACGGAGGUGGCGGUGGUAGCACCACCAGCCUCGAACCCCAACCCCUCGACCCUUUCAACCCCUGGAACAUGCAAGCCGCCAAAUCCCGACCAGCGCGAAGGAUGCGCCGUUUCGGACCAGGAAGCCAUGGACCCAAACCGCUGAUUUUGCCUUCGACGUCCCAGUUUUAUGAGCCGGCUUUUUCUGCGCCGGCUUUGGAGCGGAGUGAGACGGCGCCGGUGUUUGCUUUUCCCGUGCAUGAGCGGGACGUGGGGGUGGGGGUGGAAGGGGAAGGGAGAGAGGAGGAGAGUCCCAGUUCGUUACUCGUACGACGUAGAGCGUCCACGACCGCGGACCAGAGGACUUUUGAUCAUUUAGCUGCUUCACCUUUCUCGUUCUCGUUAUCGUCAUCACGGCCUCCGUCAUCGUCGUCGAGAAUGAUGGCCGAUGAGAGUCUGUUGGGUAUGCGGUUUCCCGCUUCUUCCGAGGAGGAUUCGGAGCAGCAGCAGCGGACACCGAGGGAUUUCUCGAGUCUGGGGAGGGUGGAGGGGAGGAAUCUGAUGGAUGAGCUUUGCGCUGUGGGUACGAAUGAGAUGAGUGAGGAGGGGAGUGGGGAAGUGGUGCGAGUGGAUGAGGCUAGAGAUGGGACAGGACAUGAGGAGGAAGAUGAGCCGACAAAGUUCGACGUCUCCAUGCCCGACGACACGAGUGAAGCAGACGCAGAAGCACAACUCCCAGCCUCCUUCGGUCCGGAAGUCCAAGAGAGAUCAGUCAUCCACUCCCUCCUCACAACGGAAAACACGACUCUCAUCGCAGCAGUAUCCACGACCGAAAACGACUCCCCCGCCAUACCGAACAAGCCUCACCACUCAACCUUCCACCGCCUCCGGCUUCUCUUCUCCAAUCUCUGGAACUCCCCCGUAGCAUUAGCCCGACACUUAGUUCAAACCGCUUCCUCUCGUCUGCGAAUCCCGACUCCGCUGCGAGAGGCGCAAUGGUGGCUUGUAGGAAUGCUGUUGGGACCGAUGGCUAAGCGUCAUUUAAGUCGUUUGGAUAGGGCGAAGGGGCUUGAGGCGGCAUGUAGAUCUUGUGUGAAUGGGGAGGUGGAACGGCAGCAGCAGAGGGGGUUGUUGGAGGGGGAAGAUACUGUGGGCGGUGAUGGGGGGAUAGGGUAUGGGACGUUCUACCGCACACCACCUGUUUCACCCAGCCUGUCCACCAGAGACAGUAAGAGCCACAGUGACAGCAGCAGUAGAGACACGACUACUCCCCCCUGCCAACACGCCACCCAUACCGCUUCAGGAACAGGAACAGGCACAGGCACAGGAACGACCUGGUCCCGGCACUCCCCCUGGGUCUGGCUAAAGUUUAGCCUCACGCUUGCUUUCGCCGUGGGCGUCGCUUUCAAGGAUGGGCCGGCGAGUUUGCUGAGGAGGACGGUUUGUGGGGGGUGUCGGAUUAGGGAGAGGGAGGGAAAGUUGCAAGGAGAGAAGCAGCGGAAGGGGAGGGGUAGAGGUAGAGAGAGGGCGAGGGUUGUUCUUGAUCGUGCGUAUAUGGCGGAGGGGGAGGGCGAAGGAGAGCCGGAAAUGAGUUGA